AUGCCGGAGGCUGAAAAUGUGACUGAGCCCGAGCCCGAGCCCGAGGGUUUAAGCCAGACUCGAUUAUUGCCCGCACCUGCACUUAGCCCUCAACAAUCGAUACCAGAGAAUGGAGAUCUGCCAGAGCCCACAGAAUUAAGCCAAGAUGAGUUGUUGGCCAAAAAUUUCUAUAGAACGCCCGGUGUUCAUGUUAUUAUCAUGCCUAAAGUGAAAGAUAUGAUAGCGAUCCAGGGGAGUGAAGAGUUGUGCAGAAAAUUAGCCAAGAAAUUCUUCCUUCCAGAAUUCUUCUUUCGAGACCUGGGCUGGAACGCAAAUGGAAUGUUUGGUAGCACUGAAAAUAUGGAAGAGAAUGAUGAGGAAGCAAGCUAUGGAACAUUCUCACGUUUUCUUUCUAAGAAAGUGAAGCCGAAGAACCAGGAAGAUCAUGCAAGGAUACCGGGUGUGCAGAACACAGAUCUACGCUCCCCCUCUAUCCCAGAGUAUACCUAUGCUUGGCAUUAUAUGGCUUUUUGUACCUUGUGGAGGUCUUGUCUCGGUUCAAAGACAGGGACAGGCCGAGUCAAAACGGACGGAUCUAACGACACCAAUCUACUUCUUUGUUUUGAUCUCGAUGACGAGCUUGUCCUUCGGCUAAGACGCUUGUUGCAUAGCGCGGACCUCAAAACAUGGAACGAAGACCCAUUUCUGAUGCUAGACUUUGCUCUACGUAUUGUGGUAGACCAGUGCGAGGAAGAUCUGUGGAGCUUCCAGAAGCCAGUGCGGGAUAUAGAGGAGCGGCGCCGUCAAGAACCAGUCAAAGAAAUUGGCUCCGACGACGACGAUGAAGCAUUUAGGGUCCUCAUGGAACGAUACAACCAGCUUCACGAACUAUCACGACAUGUAAUCCAUAUCUCCGAGACGAUGGACGCGGUUUCGAACAACCUUGGCGCAAUUGUGCGAGACCACGAUAUGUGGAGUCAGUCAAUCGAUCCUUCUGCAGCAACAAAGCGACUCUCGAAAGCCCUCCUGCUUCGUCAAAACCUGAUUUCCAAUUUGAAUUUCCGAGCCAAAGCAUUUGUAGCUCGGAUGGAUAAUGAAAUCAAAUGCGCCUCCAACUUUGUAGCCGUCGGAGAUAGUAACAUCUCGAAAGGCAUUCUCAAACAAACUCGAAACGAAGGAAGAAUAUUGUCCGACACCGUGUCUGCCCUAACAUUACUAUUUUUACCGGGCACUUUCAUCUCGGGAUUUUUCGGAAUGAAUUUCUUCAAUCUCGACAAUGACGAGAAAACGCAACAGUUACAUUGGAAGACCCAUCCGAAGAUCUGGAUUUUCUUCGUUUGCACAGUCCCAAUCACCAUAUUAGGCAUCUUCUCUUUCAUGCUAGAAUUCAACCUGAGCGCUUUUCUGCGAGACACGAAAGAUUUAAUAUGUGAUAUUAUCCUUGUCGGAAAGGAACCACAUACAGAUGUUGAAAAGUCCAGCCUCAAGAGUUCGAUUUCGCGUGACCCAAGGUCUAGGAGGAAUUACGGAAUCUCCAGGCGUGCUACCUUACGACCUACAUAG